AUGGCGCCGCGCUACUGCACACAAGUCUAUGAUAAGGCAGAGGAGAUCGCAAACCAUAUUGAAUCCACACGCUUAUCUCAUCCUUCUGUCUCUACAGUCCGCGCCCCCGCCAACGCCGCCCCCACUACCACUUCCAUUCCCCCUUCCAACCGCACUCGUCUCAAUGUGGGAGACAAUGUUUAUAUGAUUGACCCAACCACCCGCCGCGCAAGAAAGGCGCUAUCACUUCAAUUGUUUGCACUACCUCUGGCAAUAUGCCAAAUCUCAAAGCAGUGGAAGAAAUUCCUGUCCCUUAUCAAGAAUUUGCUAGAGUAUUUCAGAAGAGGAAUCGUCAAAUUACCACCCCAUCGUCCUUACGACAUCGCCAUUGAACUACUCCCCGACGCAAAACCCCGACAUGGUCCCAUCUACAGCCUAGGCCCAAGGGAAGAUGUGGAACUCAGGGAAACCAUUGAAAAGCAACUGAAGGCAGGCCUGAUCCGCCCGUCUAAAUCUCCCAUGGCUUCCCCAUAUUAUUUCAUGACCAAGAAGAACGCCUAUCCCCUACCCUUGCCACAGAAUCUUAUUGAAAAACUACAAGGCGCUAAGAUUUUUAGUAAAUUUGAUCUCAGGGCAGGAUAUAACUUAGUCCGAAUUAAAGAAGGCGACAAAUGGAAAACAGCCUUUAAAACAAAAUAUGGAUUAUUUGAGUACUUGGUUAUGCCCUUUGGGGAUCUUCUGGAUGUUUAUGUCAUCAUAUACCUGGACAAUAUCCUAGUCUUCUCCUUGAACGAGAAAGAUCAUGAAAUUCAUGUGCGCGAAGUGCUAAAGAGGCUACAGGACAAUGACCUCUUUUGUAAUAUUGAAAAAUGCCACUUCCAUGUCAAGAAGAUCGACUAUCUAGGGUUCAUUAUAUCGGAAUUUGGUAUAGAAGUCGACCAAUCUAAGUCACGGAUGCCAUGA